AUGGCGGUAGUGGAAGAAGUGUGCCCGGAAAAAAAAAGUGCAUUCGAAUCUGUGAGUUUAUCACGUAUGACAAUGACACGAAGAAUAGAAGAUUUAGGAAGUGAUCUUAUGGUACAAUUAAAAUCAAAAGCAAGUCAGUUCAAAAUGUUUUCCAUUGCUACAGAUGAAUCUACGGACGUGACUGAUAUUGCGCAAUUGCUUGUAUUCAUCCGUGGAAUAAAUAAUAGUUUUGAAGUUACGGAGGAACUUGCUGCAAUGAAAAGUAUUAAAACAACUACUACGGGUGAAGAUUUAUUUAAGGAAGUAUCCGAAAUUUUUGAUGAUCUUAACCUUGACUGGAAUAAAUUAACGGCCAUAACUACAGAUGGCGCUCCAUCUAUGGUUGGUCGGCACAAUGGGCUAGUAGCCAGAUUAAGGAAAAAAGUGCUGGAAUCAAAUGGAUCACCGCCGUUGGAUAUACAUUGUAUCAUUCACCAACAAAAUCUUUGUGGAAAAAUUUUAAAUUUAGAUCAUGUUAUGAAGGUAGUUACUAAAUCCGUAAAUUUAAUAAGAUCAUAUUCUACGAAUCACAGAAUAUUCAAAGAAUUUCUUUUACAAAUUGAAGCCGAAUAUGGUGAUGUGGUUUAUCAUAGCGAAAUCCGCUGGCUGAGCCGCGUGGAUGUUUCUACGGCGCCAGGUGAUUUACAAUUAGAAUUAAUUGAAUUGCAAUGCCAAACACCAUUACAGGAUCUUUUUCGCGAGAAGUCCUUACCAGAUUUUUAUGCAGCGUUAGAUUCUUAUCCGAAUUUGAGAAACCUUGGAAUGAAAAUGACAACGGCGUUUGCAAGCACGUACAUUUGUGAACAAACAUUUUCAACUUUAAAAAGAGCCAAACCAGCGUCUCGCGCUCGACUUUCAGAUGAUCACCUUCAUUCCAUAUUAAGGAUGAACGUCACUCAACUUGAACCAAAUAUUAAAAAAUUAGUUUCUGAAAAACAACAUCAGACUUCACAUUAA